AUGAGCCAUGAGCUGGAAGUGUCGGAGGCGUCUGAGCCCGCAGAAGGAGGCCCGGACCUCCGACAGGUGGCCGAAGAGCUUAAGGCAGAGGGCGGCAAGCACUUUCGCAAGGGCGACUUGGAGGCGGCCCUGGACUGCUACGCUUCGGCGCUGCAGAACCUGGGAAGGUCUGGCUUGGUCGAUGCGACCCUGCAGUCGACCUUGUCAUCGAAUCAGGCUCUCUGCUUCUUGAAGCUGUCACGAUUCCAAGAGGCCGAGGAGAGUGCAUCUGCAGCCUUGGUUGCCGACGCAUCCAACAGCAAAGCAGUCUACCGGCGAGGCUUGUCGCGCCUAAAUCUGGGCGACCCUCGCGGUGCUGUGGAGGACUUUCAAAAAGCUCAAAGGCUUGAGCCUCAGAAUGUGGAGGUUCGCCAAAAGCUUUUCGAGGCCAAGCAGCAAGCAGACACAGUUCCGGUUCCUGACGCGGAAAUCGCAGUUGCUGCCGGGGCUACAAGUGCUUUCGGAAAGGAUGGAGGAUUGUACAGUGAGAAGUUGGACCUGAACGAAGGAAGGCUUGCGCAAUCCUUCAAGGAGCAGAGAGACUGGGUCAACACCAUAGAGAACUGGUCAGAGAUCAAAGAGAUCUCCUUCGUUGACGAAGAAGAUAAGAACGUGGUCUCCGUCUACAUGUCCUUGCCUGGGCUACACGAGAUCGCUUUGAACAAGGUCUGCGUUUGGAUGACGGCCACCACGCUCGAGGUUCGCGUUGUCGAGCUGCGGGGAUCGAACUGGUGCUAUGUGGCACAAGAGCUAUGGGGCCAGAUAGACCCGCAGCAGUCGACGUGGAAAGUGCGCAAGGACAAACUUUCCUUGAAGCUGCAGAAGCGCGCAAGCGCUCGUAGCUGGGAUCGCUGGGAGAAGAUACGCCGGAUCUGA